ACAAUUGUAUAACGUUUGAAAAUCUGAUUCAAAUUGGCGUAGACGAUAUGCAAUUUAAUAAAGUUCUACGUCGUAUUUAUUGCAUCCACUUUCCUUAAUUUCGUUGUCAUCAAUUCACACCCAUUAAAGCUAACGAAUCCGUAUAGCACUGGAAGAGAGAAACUGAUAAUAGAAAGAAUUUGUGAUAAGAAUGGCUGCCGAAAUAAAGCCAGCCCAACGAAACAAUAAUCGCUUUAGCACCAAAAAGCCUGAAUUAUUAAGCAAACUAGAAGGGAGCGGUGAUGAUAUCAAUGCCGCCAUAUUAAUACCCGGCGAAAAUGGAGUAAUCAGCGUAUCAGACGAUAAAACUGUGAGAAUACGGUUAAAACGCGAUUCCGGACAGUAUUGGCCAAGUAUUUGUCAGUAUAUGCCAUCAGGAUGUACAUGUAUCGGUUAUGUCCAAGAUACCCGUCAACUGUACAUAGGCCAAGAAAAUGGCACCAUAACACAAUAUAUACUCUCGGAAGAUUGCAAUCGCCUAUCGUUUGUGCGUGACUAUUUAGCACAUCAGGCUCGCAUCGUAAAUGUAGUCUUUUCUCAGGCACAUAACUGGAUUCUUUCGUGCAGCAAAGACAAAACCGUUGGAUAUCAUUGUGCUGAAACAGCGCGUCGUAUCGGGGUAUAUAAUUUCGAAACGUCUUGCACAGCAUUGCAAUUUGAUUCAUUAGCUAAGUACGCCUUCGUUGGUGAUCAUGCUGGGCAAAUUACGAUGUUGAAAUGCGAUUUGCAGGGCGUUCAGUUGAUAACAACAUUCAAAGGACAUACUGCAAGUGUUCGUUGCUUAAAAUGGGUUGAAGGACCACAAUUGCUAUUCAGUGGUUCGUGUGAUUUGUCGGUUAUUGUAUGGGAUGUAGGUGGCACACGUGGGACUAUAUAUGAACUAAUUAUUAAAAUUAAUUAA